CUGGGUUGGUUACCUACCUGAGUUUUCCCUCCCACCCACCCCUUUGCAUGCAUUCCCGGGUUGGUACAGUGCCACGUCAGCAACAGUGCCACGUCAGCAGUGCCACGUCAGCAACAGUGCCACGUCAGCAGUGCCAUGUCGGCAACAGUGCCACGUCAGCAGUGCCACAUCAGCAGUGCCACGUCAGCAGUGCCACAUCAGCAGUGCCACGUCAGCAGUGCCCCGCCACCAUGAGGGGCUCAGCUCUGGGCAUGCCAGGCCAACUGGCCAAUGAGUCCAUUGCCGAGUACCGACAGCGUUUCGAAGCUCAGCUCGCACUGAUCGAGGCUGAGGAACAGCGCCAGCUGGCAGCCGAGGCUGCCCGCCUACAGGCUGAAGCGGCGGCAACAGUUGAAAAGCAGCGGCUUCAAGCCGAAGCCRAAGCAGAUACCCAGGCACGCCGCAAGGAGGCCCAGGAUCUGUUACAGUGGCAUGAAGCCACCAGCAUUGAAAAGCUCAAGUUUUGGCACUUUGAACCAUCUGAGCAGCACGACAACGCAACACCGGAGGAGCAGCAUAAGGAAUUCAUGGCCGAACUCAUGACCAGGUUGGUUUACACUUGUGACCACCUGCAGUCUGAGCUGGCGAACCUCCAGCAGGCCGUGCGGAACCACAAGGCUCAGCACGAGGAUGCAGCACAGGCACUUGAUUGCCAUGUACAGGACUUGGAGCAAACUGCACCAAGACCGGAGGCUGGCGAGUCCAGCAGUGCACCCUCUGCCCGCCAAUUGGAGGAACGCAUCGAUCACGUAGUGGCAAUGCUAGGUGACAUCAGCACCUUCGCGGCGCCAGCCACCAUCAGCCAGCAGCUGGACACCUUGAAGACCGAGAUCAGACAGCGACAACAGUCGUCUGACCCCGAUCGCAGCACCAGCACGGCGAAGCAUUACAAGAUGCCGAUGUUCCGGAUCGAGAAGUUUGAUGACUACACACAUCAAGACCCGGUCUUCGACCUACACAAGAAGGUCUCCUGGGAGGAUCUGACAAAAGAAUGGAAGAAGCGGUUCAUCGUUGACGACGCCCCGGCGCUCGCCAUCAACCGCAUCUUCACGAUGGCUCAAGGAAACACAGUGACACGUGAUUGGCUCAUGGAUUGGCAGAAGAUCCUGGCGACGCCCGAUCUGGACUUGCCAUUUCCGCAUCUGCAUCGGGAGUUCUACAACCGGUCAUGCGGCGCUUUGAGCCUCGCGCUUGGUGAUUGCGAGCAGUACAACACCUUCGCCGAAAUCAUCAACAAGGCGAGGGAGAUCAUCAAGACAAACAGGGCGGCUGCACACGAGAAGUCAACGUGGCAGCCAACCUAUGUGGAGAAGGUGAAAACUGGUUCGCGACCGCAGUGUGUCGCUGCAGUCCAAUCGGACAACAUUGUGGAAGACCCGGCAGCCACCCAAGCGUCACGUGAGGGAGAUCAGGUGGCUGCUGUCCAGCCGCGAAGCAACAACAAGUCCCGAGGAAAUGGGAAGGCGAAAACCGCAUCGCCGGCCGGAAACGGACAGCCAGCACCAUGGAUCGGAGAGGCUACCUGCAUCGCUUUGAUCGAUUGCGGAGCAUCUCGCAACUACAUGAGCCAGGACUUUAUGGUACGCGCCGGCCUUGGCCCACGUGUCCGGAGGAAGUCCCAGCCUACGCAAGUCACGUUGGCAGACGGUCACACGCACAAGUCAAUCGACCGAUGCAUUGAUGACGUCCCCGCGUACUUUGCCCCGCAUGCAAGCGAGGCAGUGUCCUUUGAUAUUUUGGACACCAAAUUCGACAUGAUCUUGGGCAUGUCAUGGCUGCGAAGCAAGGAUCACCCGGUGAACUUCUUCCGCCGCACCGUUCACGUUCGUGAUCGGAACGGAGUACUAGUCCAAUGCACGGUGCCUCCUCCUCACCCUUCGAUCAGCUGCCACGUGGUGUCCGCCACAAGCAUGCGAGCUUCCAUCGUCAGAGACGACAUCGAGGAGAUGGGGGUAUGUUUUCUCCACGCCCUCCCGCCCCAUGACGCUUCAUCGACGGACUCAUCUUCGGACCCACGCAUCACCGAGCUUCUCGACGCCUACGGUGACGUGUUCAAAGGCCCGCACGGAGUAGUACCGGAUCGGCCCAUCCGCCACGAGAUUAUUCUUGAGGACGGAGCUGUACCUCCGCGUGGUUGCAUCUACCGAAUGAGCGAGGAAGAGCUAAGUGUGCUACGGGCACAACUCGACGACCUUCUUGAGAAAGGUUGGAUUCGGCCUAGCUCCUCGCCAUACGGUGCUCCCGUUCUCUUCGUCCGGAAGAAGAACAAGGAUCUACGGUUGUGCAUCAAUUAUCGCAAGCUCAACGCGCAAACGGUCAAGAACGCCGGCCCUCUUCCACGCAUCGACGACCUCCUCGAACGGCUGGGCGGCGCCAAGUUCUUCUCCAAGCUAGACCUCAAAUCGGGAUAUCACCAACUCGAGAUCCGUCGGAGUUUGGACGAGCAUGUGGAGCACCUGCGCACCGUUUUGGAGCGGCUACGACAAGCCAAGUACAAAGCCAACCGCGACAAAUGCGAAUUCGCGCGGCAGGAGCUGGAGUACUUGGGACAUUAUGUGACGCCGCAAGGCAUCCGUCCGCUUGCGGACAAGAUCGAGGCCAUCCACGUAUGGCCCGAGCCCACCAACACCACGGACGUCCGUUCAUUCAUGGGGUUGGCGGGCUACUAUCAGCGAUUCAUCACCGGGUACUCAAGGAUUGCUGUACCUAUGAUGAGAUUACAAUCGCCAAAGGUGCCAUUCGUGUUCGAUGAUGACGCACGCCGGUCAUUCCAAGCACUCAAGACGGCCAUGGUCAUGGCACCCGUCCUUAGCAUCUACGACCCCACCCUGCCAACGAGAGUGACAACCGACGCUUCCGGCUAUGGCAUUGGGGCAGUCUUGGAACAACACGACGGCGACGACUGGCACCCUGUGGAGUAUUUCAGCCACAAAGUGCCUCCCAUCAAUUCACUUGGUGAUGCAAAGAAGAAGGAGCUGCUCGCGUUCGUGAUGGCUCUCAAGCGAUGGCGGCACUUCCUCCUUGGGCGUCGUAGGUUCACAUGUGUCACGGACAACAACCCAUUGACCUACUACAAGAGGCAGGAUACGGUGAGCAGCACGAUCGGGUGGAUUUUGGACAACUGGCGCCUUACUACAAUUCGAUGCUCCACUUUCAAAUACCGCAUUUUUCAGUUCUGCCCUCGGGGCUUUUGCAGAGAUGCCCCUGGUACCGUACGUGUCACCGACACUUAUACCGGUUCCCCGUACAGUACGGGCAACCAGUCUCAUACCAGUUUCAGCUGCUGUACUCAUACUCAGUGUGACUUGCUUGUGUUUUCGGCAUUCGGAAUCCAAGACUUUGACUUUGUAUCCUUGCCACCAUGUCUGCGUCCGACCCUCAGUCGUGUCCAGUGAGUGAGUGUGUGUGUGUGCUCUCACUCUCUCCCUCUCUCUUCCCUCUCCCUCGGCUCUCCCUGUCUCCCUCAGCCUCGCGCUCGUUACAC